AUGAAGUGUAUCACCAACAAGAAUACAGCUGUUGAAGCGACCGUUGGAACACAAAGAACAAUCAGUUCUUUAAGAGAGUACAUCACAAAAGAAGAACUAUUCGAAAAUACACAAGACGAUGAAUUGUGGUCUUUUAUGAGCGAUGAUGAGACUUACCAACAAGUUGCAGAUUAUAAAACAACGCAUAUGACUUUUCAAAACACUUUUGUGAAUGAAGGUGCUUUGGCACUUGAUGCUACUUACAAAGAAAUAUUGUCUACACUACUACCUAUUGACAAAGUGUGCACAUCAAACUCACUUUAUAUAUUUGGUGUCGAAUUUUUUGUUGUGGAUUCAAGUUUGAAUACAAUUUCAAAGACCGUGAACGGAAACUUGACGUUCGACGGAAGUAAUGGUAUGUUAUGUGUGUGUAACAUAAAAAAAUUUGGCCACGUCUUCAACGUCAAAUUGAAUGUGAACGAUGUGAAUUACAACGUCGAGCCUCUGACCGCAGAGAUGAUUCCUGUAUCAAAAAACAGUGUCAUUUCAUUGUGUUUCCAACCACUCAUUGAAUGGAAAAUCGGCACUGAACCAAAUUAUUACCCAAUCAGCGCACCACCCCAAAUCAACAACAUUUCGUUCGAAGCGGUUUCAGUUAUUUCUCCCAAAAACACGAUUUCGGAUUUUGUGAAAAACAAUGGGUGGAUAUGUGUAGCAAAAACAAUCGAAGCCUAUGUUGUGUUUUCUAGCAACUCGACUCUUGUUGUGGAUGUUGUUGAAAUUCCAUUUAUGCCACAUAUUGUUUUGGAAGUUGUGAAGACAAUUUUUGCCAAAAGGGGUAUUACUGGCGAGAAAAUCCUUAUCGCAGACUUUUCGGAUAUUCCAGCCUACGAAUUUAAAGAAGGCGUUGAUUUGUAUGAAAGUGCAUUGUGUGGAACAUUUAAAAAAAUUCCCAUUUUUGUUGUGUGUUCUUGUGGUAAAGAACAAUCUCUAGCCCACCCCAAAACAAUUGUUAUGCGCCAUGCCAAUAUUCCAUUUAGAGAAAGUUCUUUGACUUUAUCACUUGAAUUGAAAGGAGUUGGUGAACUGGAUAUAGAUAAUGUGUUCCAUCCGUUCGUAAAGAAAAACAUACCAACACAGAGUACAAAAUACCAAAACCCAAUAACACCCGCAACAAGUGUUAACUUAAAAUGCUUUGAAAUUGACGACACUAUCUCAACAACUGCUGAUAUACCAUUUGGACCUUCAGAAAUAGAAUUGAAAGUUACAAAAGAAGAAGAUACAGGUUUGUUACAAAAGCCAAUAAUAAAGCAAAAAGAAGCAAAGGAAAAAAAGCAAAAGAAGACAACAAAACGACAGAAUAAACGAAAAGAAGAUCAAGAAAAUGUUACAGUUCAAAAACUUCAAGAGUCACUUCUUGAGCAAAUUACAAAAAACAACUACGAAGUCGAAAAAAUCGUCAAGAAAAGAACAACAAAAAAGGGGACCGAGUACUUUGUGAAGUGGAAGGGAUACGGCUGCCGAGAAAACACAUGGGAAACACAAAAGAAUAUGGAAAAGUCGUACAAAGAAAUGAUUGCUCAAUUCGAAAAAGAUGCCACAAAGCCAAAGAAGCCAGAAAACGAAUUGUCAGAAAAAGGGAAAGUGUUCGAUGUGUGGAAACAGAUGAAGACACUUAACGUGCUUUACGCUGCAGAAGGAAAAGAACGCUCGAUACUAUCUCUUGAAGCAAUGAGAAAGCGGAACCCACAGGCGUUGCUUGACUUUUUUAUUGAAAAAAUGAUUUGUGAAACUGAACAAAGAAAGGAGGAGUAA